AUGGUUAACAAAGUUGCAAUCGCGAUAAUUGCAGCUGUCAUUCAGAUAGUUGUGGCAUUGGUCAUAACGCUGCCAGUUUUGUACACUGACUGCAACCAGUUGAAAAAGUGCAAACGCAGCAACGCUGAGAUUGAACAAAAGAUGGUUAGCAAAGUUGCAACCGCGCUAAUUGCAGCUUUUGUGCUGGUUGUAGUGGCAUUGACCAUAACACUGCCAAUUUUGUACACUGACUGCAGCCUGUUGAAAAAGUGCAAACGCAGCAACGCUGAGAUUUUGAAGACAAUUCUCGACGAAGUGCCUUUGAUUGAUGGACACAACGAUUUCCCGAUGCUGCUCAGAACAGCGAUCCAGAACAAAUUGAGCAAAGUCGACCUGAAUAAAUCAUUGAAAGACGAUCCCGCUUUUAACAAGUUUGUUUAUAAUCACGUGGAUAUUCCGAGAUUAAGGCAAGGCCAAGUGGGAGCUCAGUUUUGGGCAACUUUCAUUGGCUGCUCGAGGCAGUACAACGAUUCUCUGCAUGAAGCAUUGGAACAAAUCGACGUGACGAAACGCAUGAUUGAAGCGUAUCCCGAACACUUUGAAUUCGUCACCAAUGCUGAAGGCAUAACAAAAGCUCACAAACGAGGCAAAAUUGCCAGUUUGAUUGGCGUUGAAGGCGGUCACAUGAUUGAAGAAAGUUUGGCGGUUUUGCGGAUGUUCUACCAACUCGGUGUUCGAUACUUGACUUUGACUCAUAAUUGCGACACUCCUUGGGCAAGAUACCAUGAAAUAUCUGCACCAGGCUCUGGUCGGGUCAAAGGUUUGACACGAUUCGGACACAAAGUGAUCCAGGAGAUGAACAGACUGGGAAUGAUGGUGGAUCUGAGUCACACAGAUGCACAAACAAUGCGUGACGCCAUGACGGUUUCAGACGCCCCAGUCAUCUUCUCACAUUCCUCUGUCUACUCAGUGUGCAAUCAUUCAAGAAACGUGCCUGAUGAUGUCUUGGAAAAAUUGAAACACAACGAAGGCAUCGUUAUGAUCAACUUCUACUCAGGUUUCAUCAAGUGUGACGUGAAUAUGACUGAAUCACCCCCAUCUAACAACGCUGUGAUAGCAGAUGUAGUUGAGCAUUUCAACUACGUCAAGAACUUGAUUGGUGUCAACUACAUAGGCAUUGGAGCUGAUUAUUGCGGUGUGGGUGUGUUACCGGAAGGUCUUGAAGAUGUCUCAACCUAUCCGAAAGUUCUAGAAGCACUUCUGAAUGCAGGAUGGUCUGAGCUUGAAGUUCGGAAAGUGACAGGACUAAACAUGUUGCGUGUUAUGCGACAAGUACAAAAAGUAAGCAGCGAUUGGCAGCGCAAAGGACUGAGACCCUUGGAAAACCUGAUUCCAUUAGAGGAUGUUCCUGCAGAUUUUUCCUGUGGGUCAUCUGAAAUGACAGCCCUUGAUGAGAUCUACAAGGACGCGACCCUAACGCCAACCGGGAAAAACAUCCGCCGGAAAGGGCAAUGGCAUCUAACGGACCCCGCCGCCGAAAAAGACAACGAAACCUAA